GCGAGCCGAGAGGCGCCCCUGCCCUGGCAUAUGGCAACGCGGCGGCAAGGCAGCGGGUGCCUUCGCCUGCCCACCCCCGCAGCGCCGCCGCUGCCAGAGGUGGAGGGCCCCGUUGCCAUGGUGAACGGGGAAGCAUCCCGAACCCCGGCAUCGCCGCUCCGCCGGCAUGGCAGCAGGACGGGUUUACAGGAAGCUGCCUUAUCCUGAGUCAGUCGACUGGUCCAUCUAGCUCAGUACUGUCGACACUGACAAGCAGCAGCUGUCUAGGGUUUCUGACGGGAGCAUUCCCAGUCCUGCCUGGAGAUACCAGGGAUUGAACCGGAGAUCUUCUGGAUGCAAAACAUGUAUUCUACCAUUGAGAUAUUGCCCAGCUGUGGAUUUUGAAGUUUAUAAAACUUGACUCAGGAAAACAUACAUGGACGAAGCCUUACUGGAAAGUGUAAAUAAUCACAUGCUUGUAGCAGGAACUACUGACUUAAAGUUGAAGAGUCAUUGGUGCCAGGGCGAGUAUGCUGAUUCCUCCUUCACUCAUGAAGACUCCGUCCAUGGACACGGACUAUCCCAAGAAAGCUUCUUGGGACAGAAGAAUGUGCUUCUACUGGACUACAUGCUAUAAGGUGAGCAUUGUGCCUGGUGAUCCUCCCCUGACCCAUUAGCCAUGCCAGGGAUUGUGGUAUUCCGCCGUCGCUGGUCUGUAGGCAGUGAUGACCUUGUUUUGCCAGCCAUCUUUCUCUUUCUCCUUCAUACCACUUGGUUCAUAAUCCUUUCUGUGGUGCUCUUUGGACUGGCAUACAACCCCAAUGAGACCUGCUCUCUCAACCUGGUGGACCACGGCAGAGGCUACCUGGGUAUUCUGCUUAGCUGCAUGAUCGCAGAAGUCGCAAUCAUCUGGCUCAGCAUGCGUGGCAGCAUCUUGUACACAGAACCUCGGGAUUCAAUGCAAUAUGUCCUGUACGUCAGACUGGCCAUCCUGGUGAUUGAGUUUAUCUAUGCUAUUGUGGGCAUUGUUUGGUUAACCCAGUACUACAGCUCCUGCAAUGAUGUUACUGCCAAGAGUGUCACUUUGGGAAUGGUCGUCUGCAACUGGGUCGUCAUUCUGAGUGUUUGCAUCACUGUCCUGUGCGUCUUUGAUCCAACAGGAAGAACUUUUGUCAAACUGCGAGCCACAAAGAGGAGGCAGCGUAACUUGAGGACGUACAACUUGAGGCAUCGUUUGGAGGAAGGGCAGGCUAGCAGCUGGACCCGACGGCUCAAAGUUUUCCUCUGCUGCACACGAACAAAAGAUUCCCAGUCAGAUGCCUACUCUGAAAUUGCAUAUCUCUUUGCUGAGUUUUUCCGAGAUCUUGACAUAGUCCCAUCUGAUAUCAUAGCAGGCCUGGUACUUCUGCGCCAACGACAGAGGGCAAAACGCAGUGCAGUACUGGAUGAAGCAAACAACGAUAUUCUAGCUUUCUUGUCGGGGAUGCCAGUAACCAGGAACACUAAAUAUCUGGACCUGAAAAACUCACAAGAGAUGCUGCGAUACAAAGAGGUUUGUUACUAUAUGCUCUUUGCUUUGGCUGCCUAUGGCUGGCCCAUGUAUUUGAUGAGGAAACCUACCUGUGGACUUUGUCGCCUGGCCAGAUCUUGCUCAUGCUGUUGUCUCUGCCCCUCUCGGCCACGUUAUGCACCUGGUGUCACAAUUGAGGAAGAUAAUUGCUGUGGCUGCAAUGCUAUCGCCAUCCGUCGCCACUUUCUUGAUGAAAACAUGAGCUCUGUGGACAUUGUGUACACUUCCUGUCAUGAUGCGGUCUAUGAAACUCCCUUCUACGUUGCUGUUGAUCAUGAGAAGAAGAAAGUGGUCAUCAGUAUCCGAGGAACUUUAUCCCCAAAGGAUGCUCUGACUGACCUGACUGGAGAUGCUGAGCGUCUCCCUGUGGAAGGUCAUCAUGGAACCUGGCUUGGACACAAGGGGAUGGUGCUGUCUGCUGAGUACAUCAAAAAGAAACUAGAGCAGGAGAUGGUGCUCUCUCAGGCCUUUGGGCGUGAUUUGGGCAGAGGAACAAAACACUACGGCCUAAUUGUUGUGGGCCAUUCCUUAGGGGCAGGCACAGCUGCCAUUCUGUCCUUCCUGCUGCGUCCUCAGUACCCGACUCUAAAGUGCUAUGCCUACUCUCCCCCAGGUGGCCUCUUAAGUGAGGAUGCAAUGGAGUACUCCAAAGAGUUUGUUACAGCAGUUGUGCUAGGCAAAGACCUAGUCCCCAGGAUUGGGCUCUCACAACUGGAGGGAUUUCGCCGGCAGCUUCUUGAUGUUCUGCAGAGAAGUAACAAACCAAAGUGGAGAAUCAUUGUGGGUGCCACAAAAUGCAUUCCCAAGUCUGAGCUCCCUGAAGAGCAAGAAGUGAAUUCCGUAACCAGUCACCGCCUCUGGACCCAUCCUAGCGACUUAACCAUCGCCCUGUCAGCAAGCACACCACUCUAUCCUCCUGGGCGCAUCAUUCAUGUUGUUCACAAUCAUCCUGCUGAACAGUGCUGCUGCUGUGAUCAGGAGGAACCCACAUACUUCGCCAUUUGGGGAGACAACAAAGCAUUUAAUGAAGUGAUAAUUUCCCCAGCAAUGCUACACGAACACCUGCCUUAUGUGGUCAUGGAGGGUCUUAACAAGGUACUGGAGAAUUAUAACAAAGGCAAAACAGCCUUGCUUUCUGCAGCCAAAGUGAUGGUGAGUCCUACAGAAGUGGACCUCAACCCGGAGUUAAUCUUCCAGAAUCAGCCUCUGCCUAGGCCUUCUGUGCAGAUUGGAAUUGGAGACAUAGUAGUGGACAGAAGGAACAGCAGCACUAAGAGUAAGGCUCACUCUGAAAUCAGUUUGGAAGGGUUUUAUGAGACCAAGCUUCUAUCUCCAGUGCAGAAGGAUCCUGUGGAGCUGCUGCUUCUAGAUACCAAGGAACGCCUGUCUGUUGAACUGCAGGACCGGCGUGCUCCUCUUGCUACAAUGGAGAGCCUGUCGGAUAAUGAAUCCAUCUACAGCUUUGAUUCAAGGCGUUCCUCUGGUUUUCGUAGCAUCCGCGGCUCACCCAGCCUCCAUGCAGUCAUGGAGAAAGAUGAGACUCACUGUUUUUAUAUCGACCCAGCAAUCCCUGAGGAAAACCCCUCCCUCAGCUCACGGACAGAGCUGCUUGCUGCUGACAGCCUCUCCAAACACUCCCAGGAAACUCAGCCUCCUGAGGCCCUGCACAACAGUGGAGACACCACUCCUCAGCGGCGUUGCAGUGACGGCGGUGCUGGCAGCGAUGCAGACCACGUUUCCUUCACUGCUCAGGAGGAACUGACCCUCCAGAACGGGAGGCUCAGUGAUGACCCCAGUCCGCAAGUGUUGGAGUUUGCCGAGUUUAUAGACAGCCUCUUUAAUCUGGACAGCAAAAGCAGCUCCUUCCAGGACAUCUACUGCAUGAUGGUAUCGGACAGCACUAGUGAUUUUGCUGAGAUGCCCAAGUCUGUCAGUGAUCAGGAGAUCCUGCUAAGAGCACAGUAUGAGCCCAACUUAGUCCCAAAGCCCCCCAGGUUAUUUGCGGGCUCAACAGAUCCCUCCUCAGGCAUAUCAGUUUCCCCUUCUUUCCCUCUGAGUUCUUCUGGAGAGCUUAUGGACCUCACUCCUACAGGCAUGAGUAGCCAGGAAUGUCUGGCCACUGACAAAAUCCGGACUUCCACUCCCACUGGCAAUAUGACCAGCCCUGCCAAACAAGAGGACUGCAUGAUCUCAGCCCUCUAGUGUAGGAGAGAAGGGCCCAAAUAGCCAAUCCCAUGCUUUGAGUCAUGGGAUAAAACGUGGAGGACCUGGUCACUGGGCAGGUGAGAGUUGUGGAAGAUGCAUGGGGAAAGGUGGCAUUCUUUCCUAGGUGCUUUGUUAAUGGCGCCACAGUGGAGGUCAGCACGAAGGAUGCCACACCGUGGUUUGUGUUCUUUAGUUAGGGAGAAAAUCACUGCCUAACGCAGCCUGCUGCUUUUUGAGGACCUUGUUCACUGAAGUUAGACGACUGGUUUCCCUACCUCAGCAUAUUUCUUUUAAGAAGGAGGCAGGAUCUCUGCCUUUCCUGCUGAAAUUAGGAAGUUACUGUCCACAGGCUAGAGGACCAGAGCUACAUAAGCCGAGGGGUCAGAUAAUGUCCUUGGAAUUGUGUCUGAAUCAAGGAGAUUGUGACUUUGGGCCCUAUUGCACUAGCGUAUCAUGUUUGACUCAAGCACCUGUCCAUCAUUGUCAUCAUUGUGAUUUUUUUUAAAAAAAUAAGCAGACACACUCUCCUGUUUUAUAGCCAUUAAGGCUGUGUUCCAGAGGAAUGCAGUCCCCCACUCCCGAUCCUGACUGGGUGCAGUGAAAAUUGGGCCGGGGCUCGGGUGUUUUGCUCCCCUGAUUAGCUCUGUGUUCAAUGAUAACCAGACUUCUUCUGAGAAGAAAGUACAUGUACUGGAGGGUGGGGCGGAGGGGAUGAGAGGUAUUUUGGGUCUCACAGCAUUGCACAGCUCCCCAGAUCACUAUGAACUAGUGACAAUCUUGCUUUAUCUGACAGAAUUUUCAUCUCUAUUUGCAUGAAUCAAUUGGUUUAAACUAGCUUUUGGCUUGCCAGUGCCCUAUAUUAUUCCCCAAAACAUAAUGGUGCCCAGAGCCAGUCUGUCCCCAUUCCUGAUCUUGCAUUCACUGGCAGCAUCACAUAAGGUCAAUGGUGGUCUGUCCCUGAGUUCAGGGAAAAGAUGGACUUACUGGUAUAUUGUGCAUUGAAGUCUCAUGUAUGUUUACAAAGCUACUAAGCAUUUUGGGGAGGUAGUUACUAAGUGUAUGAGAAACACCUGCCUGAGUGGGACAAAUGUUCUCUCUGCAUUCCCAUCUCUCCCUCAACUUGGGUCCUUAAGAAGCAUUGUUAUUACAAAUCCUUCUUAGAAAUUAAUGAUGGGUGAUAGGAUUAACCCUGUUCAUAUGCAUUCCUUCAACCACUCUACAAUCAGGGGCUUAUCAGCAUCACCCAACUACACAUCAGAACAACUCACGACAUUGCAUCUCAGCCACUAGUCCUGCAACAGUGCUCAUGUCUGAGAUCUUCUCACAACAACAUGGCGGCACUGUGUAAAAUUGCAAGUAUUUUCUAGUGAUGAAAUUUAGGAGUGAAAUAAUUUUUAUGUAGGAAGUUAAGCAUAUUGUGACCUACAAGUCAUAUCAUAUCGGAAUGUAGCAUUAAUGUGAAAGAACAACUCUUACCAUAGGCCUCUUCAGCAUGCAGCCUCGUGUGCCAUACACAGCAUAUGACCUAUGCAUGGCAACCCAGAAGGUACUUGGCACAUUCCCUGAGGUUGCGGCCUCGGGUCCCCAAGCAGGCUGCCAGAACAAAGGGCACCCUGAAGGUUCUGGCAAGCUCUAGCCACUUGUGCCUCUUUGUGGUUUAAAGGCUGCUUGUUUGGAAGAACUGGAAACGAGUGGGAGAAUUUCCAGUUUUCUUGGUGACUAAUAGCACAAUCCUGUAUGUGUCUACUUGGAAGUAAGUCCCACUGAGCUCAGUGGUCUUUGUUGCCAGCUAAGUGAGUACAGGGUUGCAGCCUUAGUUUUGUUUCCUAUGGAGGUUCUAGGGACUCGUUGCCUUUCAUGUUUUAACACUCCUAUGUAUGCUAGCUUGGAAACCAGUCCCCAUUGAACUCCACAGGACUUUCCCUUCUGAAUAAACUUGCAUAGGAUAGGACUGCAAAUACAUGGGUGUAAGAUAGUACACCCGCAUAACAUUAAAUGAUUCUGCAAUAUGCAGGGCAAUUGUGACUUGGGGCCUAAUGCUGGUGGUCAACAUGACAGAAGAGUAAACCCCCCCUUUCUACCCUGAAACAAUUUUUCAUUGGAAGUGCAGAAGGUUUUUAUUGAUAAAAUUCCAGUUUUCAAACAAUUAAUCUUAAUGAUUUAGGCUUGAGCCAAUCUGUCUUAAUAAUUUAGCUCUUCAGUGUUCCCAUUUUUUCAAUAGCAGCUGUAUUGGUUCACGUUAGUUGACUAAGGCUACUGUAAACCAGAACUAGACUGAUAAAAUAUGCUUCUUUAAGGAAGACACAGCAGGAAUAUAUAGUUCUGGGACAAAGCAUAUAAUAAACUGCAUGGUUUAUGAGGAUCUUUUGGGAUGCAGCGGUGUUGCAGAGUUUAAGCUGCAGGUACUUACAGCAGGUUAAGCUCACCAAACUGGACAGGCUGCUUGAGCAGCGGAUGCCACUCCAAUCAGUCUGCCAAUCUUGAGGAGCACUGCCUUGUGAAUCAAGCUAUGAUUCAGUGCAAAUACUUAGCACCUAGAGAGCGCUUUAAACUUCAAAGCACUUUACAAAUAGAAAAGAAGGAAGCUUCCCAGCUCUUGUGGGUCAUGGGAAUGUAGGGGGGAGGGAAGGGUGUCUGUGCGUGCAGCAUAUCUACUGUAUGAAUCUGAAAAUCUGCGAAGGUGGAGAGCAGGCAGUUUCCUGCCUUAGGACAAGGAUGGCUAACCAUUGGCCCUCCAGAUUGUGUUGGACUACGUCAUCCCUGACUGUUGGUCAUGCUGGUUGGGGCUGAUGAAGGGCCACAGGUCCCCCACCCCUGCCUGAGAUGAUUAUUUUAGGCUUGGAGAACCAGGUUGAGAGGCUGUUGAUACAGCUGUGCUUGGAGAAGAUGAAUAUGUUCAUUUGGUGGUGAUCAGAUUGUGAAUGAUGCAACAAGCUAUUGCACUACAAUGUUGUGCCUGACCGGAGCACCAGUUCGUUGUCAUUUUCAUGGGUUUUGUUACUUUUUAAAGCUGUUUGAUUGUAUCCCAAGAGUGUUUGUUAUCCUCUUCCUUGUCACUGGUAGCAGGAAUCAGACUGUCUUAACUGUGUUUGUCCCAGAUUGUCUGUGCUUUUUGUGACUGUUGGGCUUAUGCCUGGAAGAAGGAAAAUACACAGAUUCAGGUGUAUCAAAUGCUUGCACUCAGCAGGAGAGGCAAGUAUAAAAAUGGGAGUUGAGUUUAUUUGCUGCAUUACAUCACAGCAUCUUAUUUGUCUUUUUCUUCUUGAAAAAAUGGGUCUUCUAGCACUUAAUUUGUUUUACACUAAAAAGGCUAAUGACUACACCAACACUCCACAAGUACACCUUUAUUUAUUUUUAGCAUACCCCAUAUCCCUUGUAAUUAUAGGAAAGAACUAGAAAAUGCCAUACUACUGACACACAUACUGAGUUUCUAUUGAGUUUUACCCCUGAAACAUGUUGGUACCUAUUUCACGCACACUGCAUCCUGCUUGUGCUCUGAUAAAUUGGUUUUCCAACUCUUCUACCUGGCUUUAAAAGCUCCUUCAUGGCUUUGCCUCUGGGUUUCAUCCCCAAGGUGCUGUGUCCUCUCCCUGCUUAUUCAGCACCUUGGGUGUUUAGACUGUCCUUUGAAAACUAUCUAGAACUUCAAUAUGCAAUCGGUUCAGUGCUAGGAAUGUAUCUGAAGCAAUAGCCAUUAACUGAGCAGUUCCUAGUUGUAGCAAAGUCACUGCAACCCUUUUACUCACCCAGCGUCAGUGGGCUAGUAGAUUUUGGGUGGAAUUGCACACUCCGCUGAAGCUUUAGAGCAGAUGCAGCGAAUUAAUUCACACUCCCAGAGGUUUUCGUUGACUUUAAAAACUAAAAUAGGUGAUCAAAGGCCCCAUAUAGAUGCUGAUGCAGCUUUGCCAAAGAUGCCCUAACAAAAGAUAUCUCCCAGCUGGGAGAACUACUUCUCCUACUAGCAGAGCGACUAAUGAUGAGCACUUUCAUUCUUUUCCAACAGAGGGUACUUCCAAACUUUCCCAAAUACACAUACAAUGCCAUGUCAGUCCUUUUAAGUGCUUUUGGGCUGAGACAUGCAUUGAAUUUGCGGAGUGGGAACUUAAAACCAGAACCUGUGGUAAUAGCUUUUAUAAGUUCUGUCCUUUUCAACUCUGUCUGGCACUUCCUAUCUAAUUCUGCUCCGUACCUUUUCCCUCUUCAAACAAUUACAUUCCACAUCUGAUUUUCCCCACUUGAUUAUACUGUUGAUAAAUAUGUUACAUCUAUGUCUCCAACAUUUCAUCCUGGUUAGCACAGGGUGCAUCUCAUUGCUGCAAAAGGUUGUCUAACUUUCUCCACAUUUCAAAGCUAUGGACUUCGUCCAGUGGAAUGCUUCCAUUGCAAGGAUGCUGUGUUUCCCCAGUUCUCAAGACUUCAGCAUUUUGUGCUUGGGAAAUGUGAUUCUUCUCCCAGCUAGAUAUUUAUAGUUAUUUUGAUUGUCACAUGAAAUGUGGUUGCAUGAGUUUCACAUAUAUGUAUGGCAGGGAUGUCCUACUGGUAGAUCACGGUCGAUCUCUGGCUCCCUUUCCUUAGCAUGGCUAAAACUGACUCCUGCCCUGCCCCCUCACCCCACCCUCCAUUGUUGUAUGAUCUCUGGAAGGGAAGAGACAGAGCUUUCUCUGUGCUGCUAUUUUGAUCCAUCGCAAUCUUUUUGUGAGUGACUUUACCUCUUUGUCCCUUUUUAGGGGCUUUUCUCCUCCCUUAAAAAAGCUCAACAAAUUUGAGCUGAACCCCCCAAAAAGCUGGUAGAUCACUGCUAGUUUUUAAUUCUGAAAGUAGAUCGCAGUCUCUUCAGAGUUGGCCACCCCUGAUUUAUGGAAUAGUACCUAUGA